GCCGUAGUCCGGACUGACGGGACAAACAUACUCUGUGGCGAAACCGGGAAAUCGGACAUGUUACGCUAUUCCAAAUUCAAAUCGUAGUGACAUUUGUUUUUGAGGGAAUUUCAAAAGAGGUGGCAGUGCUGUUUUUUUUUAUUAUGAAAAGUUGAGUUCCGAAAAAAUGGAAGUGAUAAGAUACAAAUACGUCUUCGUCAUAAUAACCAUCUUAUUCGACCGUGUUUGCACUGAAGAAACUCAUGACAACUCACUUCCGGAACAUGACAUGGCUACUUGUCCAUUCUCUAAAAUCAUUGAAGACAUUUUCAAAGUAAAAAACACUAGUAAAAGUGGACUAUUCGUCAAAGACGCUGAAAGAGCUAAGAUAUUCCUUAAUUCUAUAGCUAAUUUCACUGACAGUGAGAAAAACGGUAACAUAACUAAUCAAGAUGAUUUAGUUAACAAAAUUAUCGAUUCAAUUAAUACAAUAAAAUAUAAUAUUAGUAAUAGUAAGAAUGGAGAAACCGAUGAGGCUAUUAUUCUAAAUGUUUCUAAAAAGAAUUCAAACAAUAUUACAAGUGAGAACCUUACACAAAAAGUACAUGAUAAUGUUACAACCACAGUACAAAUCAAAAGUGGCAUAGAGGAAAGGAAAGACGCAACUAAAUUUAAUGUUACAAAUAAAAUUAAAACUACAAAAAGACCAAUUAUAAAACCUAAUCCUACGACUGAAAAGGUGAAUUAUGUGGAAAUAUUAACAAUUGAGCCAAAUAAUACGAGUACAACAAAUAACACUUCAUCACAUAACAUCAUUGAUGUUUUGAAGCAACUCAUGCCUAUGUUUAAUAGUACUUUAACAAAAGAACUGCAUAAUAUUACAAUCAUCGAAAGAAAUCAUCUUAAGAAUCAUUCUUUCACUGCUACUAAAAACGUAUCCACAAUAAUUGUAACUUACUGUGAUAAGGAGAAUUUGACUAGAGCUAAUGUUUCAAUUAAUAAUGACUCUAUAAAGGAAACCGACUUGAAAGUGGAUGGAAACGACUAUGAUUACUAUAAUGCUGAAAGUACAAAUGAUGAUGAUGAUAUCAACUACUAUGAUGAUGAUAAACCUGAUGCCAAUUUGACAAGAGGCGAGAAGAAGGACAUUUUAGAAGCAGCGGAGUACGGCAUGCAGAAAAUGCAUGAACUGUACAGCAUAUUGGAGCCGAAGCUAUAUUCAAUGGGUCUGUGGCUAGACGAGACCAACCCGGCCAGAUACGUGGCAGCCUUCAACGCGCCCUCAGAGGAUGCUGACAGAUUCUCCCGCUACGGGUACGCCACCCUGCAGGCUGCCACCAGGCUGAAGCAGCUUUCCAACACAGACAAUGAGGAAGGUCUGGAGGGCCGCACGGAGGAGGCGCAGUUUCCGAGCGCGAGCGCACUGCGCCAGUCGCCGCUCAUGCAGCACUGCCCUCUGCGGGGGGCCCCCAAGUGCCCCCCGGCCUCUAAGAGGUACCGGACCCACGAUGGAACAUGCAAUAACCUGAACCGCCCUCGGUGGGGGUCGACCAUGACGCCCGUCCAGCGAUUCCUCUCCCCCUCCUACUCCGAUGGUCUCCAAGCCCCCAGGAUCUCGGUCUUCGGGUCCAAGCUCCCAUCAGCUCGGGAGAUCAGCGCCCUGGUCCACGCCAGCGAGAACGUGGAAAGUCCUAGUAUUACCCACCUUUUAAUGCAAUGGGGACAGUUCUUAGACCACGAUAUCACCUCGUCUUCACAGUCGAGAGGGUUCAAUGGAUCGGUUCCGAGGUGCUGCAAGGACGGUGGAAGGGACUUUGUGCCCAAGGAGUUGAUGCAUCCAGAAUGCUUCCCCAUAUCAGUGCCAGCGUCAGACCCGUUCUACGGCCCCCGCGGGGUGCGGUGCCUGGACUUCGUGCGAUCAUCGCCGGCUCCUAGGGACGACUGCGCCCUUGGUUGGCGAGAGCAACUGAACCAAGUGUCCGCAUACAUCGAUGGGUCACCUCUCUACGCCAGCUCAGCUAGACAGUCAGACAAACUCAGGCUCUUCAGGAAUGGAAUGCUUCAAUACGGUCGAGUGCAGCAACGAAGACCGCUGUUACCACCAGAGAGGAAAGACGAGCUUUGCCGGGGAGGAGCCGUGUCCACCGACUGCUUCAAGUCCGGAGACGCCAGGGUCAACGAGCACCCGGGGCUGGUGGCUGCUCACAUCGUCUGGUUAAGGCAGCACAAUAGGAUGGCUCAAGAACUAGCUCACCUAAACCCCCACUGGAGCGACGAAAAAAUAUACCAAGAAACCCGUAAAAUCGUCGGCGCAAUGGUCCAACACAUCACGUAUAGAGAAUUCCUGCCAAUAGUACUAGGUACCGAAGUGAUGCGCCUGUUUGAGCUGGAGCCACUGAAGAAGGGGUACUUCAAGAACUACAACCCUAAGAUAAAUCCCAGUCCUGCCAGCUCCUUCGGAUCCGCUGCGUUCAGGUUCGGCCACAGCCUCGUGCAGGGCACUAUGGUGCGGUUCGACCGGUUCCAUAGACCUCUCAAUAAUAAUGUAUCCCUCCACAGCGAGCUGACAAACCCAUCAAAUAUCUGGAGCAUGGGAGCUGUGGACAGACUCCUUUUCGGCAUGGUAAACCAGCCAAUCCAAAAGCGGGACGAGUUCAUCACUGCGGAACUGACCAAUCACCUGUUCCAAACCCCACAAUUUGAUUUCGGUAUGGACUUAGCUGCUAUCAAUAUUCAAAGAGGAAGAGACCAUGGGGUACCCUCGUACACCGCUUGGAGAGAGCCGUGUGGGCUGUCAGCGAUUACGGAAUUUGAAGAUCUUUUCAGGGUAAUGCCCGUAAGAGCUGCAAGAAGAAUAAAAACUUUAUACAGACACGUUGAUGAUAUUGAUCUGUUCACCGGGGGAAUGGCUGAAAGACCUGUAGUCGGUGGGCUAGUUGGACCUACUUUCGCUUGUAUAAUAGCUCAGCAGUUCUCUAACCUCCGCAAAGGCGAUCGAUUCUGGUAUGAAAAUGGUGGAUUUGAUUCUUCAUUUACACCAGCACAAUUACAACAGAUUCGCCGAAUUUCUUUCGCCCAAGUUCUUUGUCGUACACUAGAUACAAUCGAAAGCAUCCAGCCGUUUGUUUUUCUGUCACACGACAACCCCGACAAUGAAAGAAUUUCGUGCCAAAACGGACUACUCAAUAACUUUGACUUAUCACCCUGGGUGGAAAUACACUCUGACUCAAACAACGACAUAAGUAAAUCGGACGACUUUAAGACUAGUACUGAAAAACCUAAGAAAACUAAACCUACGACAACUGUAAGACCCACGACUAAAAAGCCUCAAAAGAUAGCAACUGCUGCGUCGAACAUAAUAAAUGAGAAGAAACCAAAACCAGCAAAUGUUAAUAAAACUCAAAACACAAAACCAAAGCCUACUAACACGACUGCAAAGGACAAAGACAAUUUGACUAACAAGAACGUGACUGCUGCUAUUAACAAACUAAACAUGACUACCAAAAUUGACGAUAAACUUGACUUUAAGAACAAAAGCCGACGCUACGAAAACAGUGACAAACAUGACACACGACGUAAUGACAAACCAGAAAAGACUUACGACUACGACUAUGACGAGGAAGAUGACUCUGACGUACAACAUGUGCAAUCAGUAGUUGUUAACAACUUGCCACACAAAAGACCCUACCACAGGCCUGUUAUAACUGUAACUGAAAACGUUAACAAAUACACAUACCUCAUCAACUAUGUACCUAGAGCGACGGAAUCAUGGCGAAAGACCACUAGAAGACCACAAUAUGACGGAGACGUAGUUAAAGUGACUUACCAGACUUACGACGACACAUAUCGACGUCCAAAUAAACCGCACUACUACAAUAACCGCGACAAAAACACUAAUAACAAUGACUAUGACUACUACAGAAAUAACAGACCAACACACACUACUAACAGGGAAAAUGUACAUUCUUCUGCUAGGUCUAACGACGACGAUAUCCUGACUACGACUAAAACUAAACCGACUAACGACAAACCUGACAAAAACGUUGACCAAAUAUCUACUUCGACUGACAAUUUAUACAAACUUGUGACUUUUGGGUAUGUAGGAACGUACAAAGGAGACAUGACCAAUGACAAAUUAACACUUAAAGACAAAACAGAGACCGACAAGAAACCAGGCGUGAUUAGCAAAGACUUCUCGACUUACGAAACUAAAAGAUUUGACAAUGACGACGGACAUAAUAGCGACACAAAACUAUCGACAUUCUUCCUUUACGAGACAGCAACUAGGCCAUACGGCAACUUACAUAGACCGACUAGAAGACACGACGACUCCCAAAACUCGCAUGGAAACACUGACAAAUAUUACUAUAUCAGAAACGUGCUGCAUAAAUACAGUGACGCUGAAACUCCAGCAACUGACAAGACUGUAGAAGUGACUAAAGAUAUUUUGAGAGAGAAUUACAACAACCCUGGUUUGCCGAGUAAUGAUGACGUUGAGGAAAGAUCUUCACCGAAUAAGAUGGCUUUACUGGAUGAGAUCGAGUCAAAGGCAGCCAGUCCGGCAAAACAGAAGACCAAGACAAAAAAGCCUGCAGACAGUGCGAAAACCCCUUCAGUAGCUUUCCAAGUCAUACCUAGUGAAAAUAGUCCAUCCAACUGGGCCGUGUAUGAAGAAAACGCUGAAAUUCCUGAGGAGCUUCCAAACCGCAUGCCCUCCAUCAAAGUGGACCCGUACUCGUUAAAGGAGAUCCCCAGACCCUUAGAUCUGAACCUGAUGAGACGGCGACGACCUGGAAAAUUUUGAUAGCAAAUUAAGAUUAGAUAAUAUAAUUGAUCAAAGGUGCAGAUAAAAUGAUAGUUAGAAAGUAUACGUAUUGGGCAAUUGGUAUUAGAAAAGAUAAAUUGUUACAUAAUUUGCCUGAUGGUCAUAAAACUUACAGAACCGACUGAACUUUAUAGAGACAAAAACUUUUUGAUAACUUUUAACAAAGACUAAUUGCAUUUAUAAUAGUACAACACAAUAAGUACCAAUAAUUGGACAUUUGGACGUAGAAAAAUUUAGGGUAAUUAAAAAAACAUAAUGACUUGAAAACAACGUGACUUAACUUACAUAUGACGCAAGGACGUGACUUUUUUGACUGAAGUAUGACGACUUGAAACUGACUGUGACAGACUUAAAAGGAAUUCCUACUUAUGAUUAGAGAUGUGCCGCUGAGAAAGUUCUCGUUCCCGGCAAUAUUCCCAGUGAGAAUAUUCUCGAGAACCGAGAACGCUCCCGGGAAUAUUCUCAGUGUUCUCGAUAGCAUACAUUUAGUUUUAAUUUUAAUAUUGUUGUUUAUAUGUGAUAUUAUUUGUAAUGUUUCGAAACUGGGCGUUAAGACUAGUCAUUAUAAACAAUGCAUGACACGUGUGAGUGAGAUAUUGCUGUCUUGCUCACUCUUUUCGUGGCGAACGCGUACCGCGGCUUUAGGACUCGGCUACGGUAUUUGAACAUCAGUGUGCCUCUGAGUUUUAAGGCCCUUGCCACCCCAGCGGAUUGCAAGCGGAUUCAAAGCGGAUUUAAAGCGGAUUCAAAGCGGAUUUAAAGUGGAUUCAAAGCGGAUUUAAAGCGGAGCGGCAACCCAACGGAGACGCCGCGUAAAAAUAUCGUGAAGCUUCCCGAAGGCUGCCCAGCCGAGCUGGAUUCGAUGAUUGAUCUUUUUUCGAAGUUGAACCUACCUAACUGGACUGUUUGUCCCAGGUAUACAUUAUUGUCAACAACUUCGAGUGUAGAGUCUCCAGCUUUUAGAGGAUUGGGUGCAACACGGUCUUUAGACAUGAUUUUUAAAUCUUGUCCAUGUUCAUUUUGAGACCCACUCGUUUAGAGACUCUAAUGAGGCCUUCGAGCAUUGUGCCUAAAUCGUCCACGAUCUCGGCCAUGACUACGAUAUCGUCUGUUAUCUGGGCGAUGUGCUUGCCGUUGAUAUUUAUGCUGAAUCCGCUCUAGCCCAGAAGCUUAAAAACAUCUUCAAGGGCGAUGGUGAUGACGUCUCCCUGUCUCACUGCAACGCGCUGCAACUGGAUAGGUUUCGGGUCCUGAUCUUGAAACGGACUGUCACUGAGGCGUAUUUGUACAAGACUUUCAACACUUUAAUGUAUCGAUAGUCAAUUUGGCACAGUUGGAGAGACUGCAGCACUGCCCAUGUUUCGCACUCGAAGGCUUUCUCAUAGUUCACAAAUGCAAAGCGGCUGAUUAUACUCCUUGAUCUUCCGUAUAAUCUGCCGUAGCGUAUAUUAUUAUGGUCUAUGGUACUAAAGCCUUUUCGGAAACCGGCUUGUUCGGGGGGCCGAAAGUCGUCGAGCCUGCUAGCGUGACAAUUCGUAAUGACUAUCGAAAACAGCUUGUAGAUAUGGCUCCGAAGCGAAAUGGGUCUAUAAUUCUUCAACAAGGUCUUGUCGCCUUUUUUGAAGAUGAGUAUCACCAAUUCACCAUACUUCUUUGCCGUGCCGUAUGUGUUAUUCCCUUGAGGAUGACGGAAUCGAGCAGCUUCUGAAAAGCCUUUAGUACCGGCGUUCCGCCUGCUUUCAGAAGCUGAUCACGGUGCCUUGUUGUUUUUCAGCUGUUUGAGAACCAUUCUAAUCUCUUACAGAAGAUCAAUCUAGCUAGCACGUAUUUUAUAUAAAAAUGUGUCAAAUGAUCCGUCAGACAGGCUAUCCACAACUUAUCCAGAAGUGGCGAAACAGGCCCUUACUAAGCGAUUGUGAAAUAUGCCCUUAAUGUCAAAUAAGAAUAAUUUAAAAAACUAAAAACACGCUUUUAAUUACUAACAGCACCAAAAGGCCAAAAAUCAUCAGGACCCUGGACAUCAUCUAGCAUUAGAGUGCUCAAAAAGACAAAUUCAACGAACCCAACUCGAUGAGUUUCCGCAGUUUCGUUUAGGAGUUCCUAUGGCCACCUCCUGACUCCAUCAUUAGGACCCUGGACAUUAUCUAGCACUUAAAGAUCUCGAAAAGACAAAUCCAAUGAACCCAAACUCGAUGGAUUCCGCCGUUUCGUUUAGGAAUUCCUUUGGCCACCUACCAGUCCCUUCAUCAGACCAGCUGGUACCACAAUAUUGUAUUGUCAUCUUAUCUACAUAAUAUAAUUGUCAAGUUUCAUGAUGAUACAAGACUUAGAAGUGCUUGUAAUUCAGAUUCUAAGAUUCCAUUACAUAGUUAGUUACAUACACGACGACCUAAUAAAAGCGUGUUAAAAACGAAAAAAUGGACAGUUACAAUAUUUAAUUACGUGUUAAAAGAAAUUUCUGUCAUCGUACAUAUCAUUAAAACGCCAUUUCACGACGAAAAAAAUAAAAUAUAAUAAACGUGCAGUUGCCGAGAAUAUUGCCGAGAAAGUUCCCGAGAAUAUUCUCGGGAACACUGGGAAUAUAGCCUUUCACUGCAAAUAGAGUGUAUUGUUUAAUAUACACUUAUCUGUCGACUUAAUUUAAUGCUAUUUUACUUAUGAAAGUUUGUUUAUUUCCAUUUGAAAAACAUGAUUCUCAACCUUUCUCACUUAGGAGAACGCUCCCGGGAGCGCUCCCGAGAAUAUUCUCAGUAGGGAGAGCGUUCUCGGGAACGGCACAUCAAUACUUAUGAUUAUGACUUUCAUUCGCAACUCGACUAGAUACAGACAUAAUUAGACUUUUAAUACACCAAAAAACAGUAGCCUAUGGUUGACACAACAAAUAACUGACGACAAUUAAACCAUGACAGUACAAAUUACGAUUUAAGCAAUAUUGUGAUUUGAUUACGACUAAAAUCAAAUGUGAAUAUGUGAACUUACAAUCCAUUGUUUGGUUAUACAUUCACCAAUACUACAUCAUUAGACAUCGACGCCGACCUGUUUACAGAUUGACUUUAUUGACUGACUGAACAGUUUGACUAUAAUUACUGACUGAUACUCGAAAAUAACUGUAUAAUUUAGGAACCUGUAUCUGAUGCAUGUUGGCAAUUGCAUUGUUUACACUAUACCUACUACUCGUACGUAUAUGACUGAUGGAUAUGACAUUCGUUGUACCUUUAAACUACUUAUUGAUAGACUGACACAAACUUUUGACAUUGGAAUGAUGCUUAUGACAUUGACUAUACAUAUCGUCAAAUAAAGCUUGACUAAAGUAGCUACAUAAUGAAAGACUGACACAAACUUUUGACAUUGACUCUACUACUACUAUUUAAACAGUAACUAGACACUUCUGAUAAUGACUGUACACAAGUUAAUGACUGACACUCAACUUUAUGAAUAGGUGUGUCUGUAGGUAGACAAUUAUUGUAACAGUCGUGAUUCUCGUGAUCGUGAUCAUUUUUGUAAUCGCUACAAUACUACCUACCUACAUAUUUUAUUUAAUAUUCAUAAAAUUUUAUUGCUCAAGAUUUUUACAUUGCAGCGGCUCUGGAUUAAAUUUUAAUAAUGACUAGAAUUUGACUACCGAUACAAACAUUGUGUCGUACUUACAGAUUUCUUUGAGACUGAUUGAAUGAUUUUAGAAAAGUUAACUUUAUGACCACAUUGAUAUUAAAUAGGCUACAUAAUCAUAUUUAGACCUUAUAGACAAGACUUUAACCCUUAAUUUGACUUUGUCCGGUAGGGCGGACACUAACUUUAGAAACCAAGUAGGGGGUGUUGUAAAUGUUAUUUUUAUUUUAUUCUACAAUAUUAUUGUUUUAUAACCUCUGAAAAAGUUUGUAGAAAGUUAACUUUGACGUUCGCAACACUGUAUCUGUCAGUCGCGAACAAAAUGUCAGCGAAGAGAUAGUCAUCUGUUUUCGAUAAGGUAAAUUAUUAUUUAUUUCAGUGUUUUGCUGUUAAAAGCUCAUUGUUUUUGCAAUUUGUUUAACAAUAAUACGUGUAUGAUAAUGUUUAGCUGAAAUUCAUAACAUUUUAUACAUGUUUUGGUGUUUUUUUACUCGCUUGAUCUCUUUGUCCGGCACAGCGGACAUUGUCAAUUACUCACUGAUAUUCAUAAAACAACUUUGUCCGCUGUGGCGGACAUAGUCAAAUUUAGUUUGUUUUGCGGUUAUGGGUGUUUUCUUAUGUUUUUUUUUGUUUUUCAUUUGUCUGAGGCAUGCGCGUGCUUCAAGAAUAUUGGCUUUAGUCCCUAGAACCCGCUUUCUCAGACGCAAGUGAGAAAUCUGAUACCGAUUUUGAAAUGCUUGAUAAUAAUGUGCUUCUACUAACUCAAACUAUUUUCACCUGCACCCUCUAUCGAAAUGAUAAUGAUAUGAUCUCUCUCUAAUAUAAAUAUUAGCUUUAGCUUCUCUUAUAACGUUGCAGGUAUUGUCAAAAAAAAACAGUGGUGUUCUACAUAAAGUUUCAAACGCGCCUUUGCUUUGUGAUGGGCAAAAAUGCAAGAAACUGUUUUUAGAUUUCCAUACCAAAUGAUUGUUUUUUGUGUUCGUUUUUAAUGUUACGCUUAAUUACUUACUUAAUUUUUCUUGCCAAAACACCAAUUUCCAAGGUGUUUUAUUCUCAAUACUAUAAAAAUUCUUAAUAAAAUUAGUUUAUAACGAAGUUUUUUUAUUUAUCCCCUAUUUGCCAAUGUCCGCCACGGCGAACAUUCAAAUCUACUCGUUAUUUAUGACGUCUUUGGCAGUGUCCGCUGUGACGGACACGAAUUUUCCCAACUCUGGGAAAUGCAGGAUUUUUUUUCAUAUUUUUUUAAAAGUUCUUAGCAUACCCUUGAUGCCUUACAUUCAUCAAACUCAUGUAUUUCAAUUUUUUAUGUCGUUGCCAAAUGAAGGGUUAACUUUAAUAUGUGACUUAUAAGAACAGACUAAAUCAGAUAAAGACAAGAAUAACUGACUGACCACUACUGAAAAGACUUAUUAUGCUCCUAAAUAACAUUAACAACGAUCUCUAUUUACUAGCUAGAAUAAGUUAAAUCAUUG